AUGAAGUGCAUCUUGGCACAUCUCGGGACCCUUGCCACCACCUCUCGAGGAUGGUCUGCUGAGUGGUCAAGGGCCUCAUUGACAGGCCCGUCAACCUUCCAGUCGAAGGUUCGCACCCGAAGCCAAUCCCAGGGGCUGUCAGUAGCUCCGAGCAAGCCUCAGGGCAACCUGCCCAAGGCACGGUCCCAGGGCCAAAGCAAGCCCACAGGCUCAGCAAUAAUGCUCGUCCCCCCUGCAGCUGUGAUUGCAUCAUUGAGUUCAGCUGCCCCACAUACAGCCAUGGACCUCCCAAUCCCGGACCUCCACUCGAUGUCGAUGGCGAUUUGUGAGAGCACAACUCGCAUCACAGCUCUGGAGGCUCAUGUCCUUGCUCAGUGGAGCAUCUGUCAUUCCCCCUCCCAGAUUCUCCUCCCACCACACCUUUGUCUCUACUCCUCAAUCAAGCCACUCCCGGGUCACAGUCCCAUGACCACUUGGGACCGUUGCCCCUCAUCGACUUUAGCAUUGACUACAGGAAAGGAAUGCUCCACUAUUGUUGCCCUGGUAAUGGAGCCAACAAUCCUGCCCUCUCAGACUGAAGUGGCAUUGGACCCUCCUACUGCCAUUGCAUCAACAGUUCCCAUUGAUGCUGUUCACAGCCCAGCUGAUGAUGGUGUAUCCACCUUUGCAUCCACCUUUGCACUUCCAGCCCCCCUAGCGAUAUACCCCACCCCUUUGGAGACUCCCAAGGAUGUCCCGAGCGCCGCUGACAUUGUUGAGAGUGGGUCACCCCUCAACCUCCUGCUGGAAUAUGAUUCCAGUGAUGAGCAGGAUGUUGUGAUGCAGAUGUAG